AUGAUAGAGAAAGUACACAAGUGUCUGUCAAGGGGGAAACAAAGAAAGAAAAGGAAAGGAAACAGCAAGUUGGAGGCCACCAUUGCUGGCCACUUGAAUAGGGGCCCUCCUGUGCUUGACAAAAUAGUGAAUCAGAACAAAACCGGAGUCAAACAGCUAUUUGUCAAGUGCAAAGAUGCACAAAAGUUAGGCUCCGGGCGGGCUGGAGGCCAUGCACUGUUGUCGCUGCCUCUCCUCUCCGGGGCCUGGGAGUCCCUCUGCCGGCGGCGGUGGCUCAGUGCUGCCCUGAGGGCGCCUGCAUGGCUGGAGUGCGUGUGCUCCAUCACCUUCGACCUGGAGCUGGGCCAGGCAGUGGAGCUGGUGUAUCCCCCUGACUACACCUUGACGGAAAAAGAGAAAACAAGCACCUGCUACCUAUCCUUCCCCGACUCAUACUCAGGCACCCUUGGAGAUACCCAGUUCAGCUUUCACUUCCGUCAGUCUGCGGGGGAGCAAAAUGCAUUGUUUGGGGAUGACUUUGAAUACUGUAAUAGGGAAGCUGCAGUAUCAUUACAGAGAGACCCUGCACACUACUCUGGCUAUGUGUUCUUCCGGCAAGUCAAGGACAGCUCUGUGAAGAGAGGCUACUUCCAGAAGUCUCUUGUCCUGGUGUCUCGCCUCCCCUACAUGAACCUCUUCCAGGCCUUGCUGCAGCUCAUAGCCCCAGAGUACUUUGACAAGCUGGACCCGUGUCUGGAGGCAGCGUGCAGCGAGAUUGACCAGUGGCCGCCUCCUGUGCCUGGCCAGACCCUCAAUCUCCCAGUGAUGGGCGUCGUCAUUCAGGUGAGGAUUCCGUCCCGCUUGGACAAGCCUGGCUCCAGAACCGCCAAGCCCCAGAAUCAGGAGAACCUCUUGCCUGCCCCCCUAGUCCUCCCCAGCAUCCAUGAACUGGACCUCUUCAGGUGCUUCUAGCCAGUGCUGAUCCACCUGCAGGCGCUGUGGGAGCUGCUUCUUCUGGGGGAGCCCCUCAUGGUCAUGGCACCUUUGCCUGCCGCCUCCUCAGAGAUGGUCCUCGCCCUGACCAGCUGCCUGGCCCCCCUGAAGUUCUGCUGCGACUUCCACCCCUACUUCACCAUCCACGACAGCAAGUUCAAGGAGUACACGACGCAGAUGCAGGCCCCGCCAAGUGUUGUCCUGGGCAUCACCAACCCCUUCUUCAUCAAGACUCUGCAGCACUGGCCACACAUCCUGUGCCUGGGGGACCUCAAGAUGCCCGGGGAUUUGCCCAAGCAGGUCGAGGUGAAGAAGCUGGCCAAGCUGAAGACUUUGGAUGCCAAGCCGGGACUUUACACCUCCUACAAGACCUUCUUGCACAAGGACAAGACCCUGAUCAAGCAGCUCUUCAAGGGCAUCCACAAGAAGCAGUCCUCCGAUGCCCAGAGCACCCUGCUGCAGCGCCACCUCCUGGAGCUCACGCAGAGUUUCAUUAUCCCCCUAGAGCACUACAUGGCGAGCCUCAUGCUGCUACAGAGGACCAUCACCCCCUGGAAGAACCCCCCUCAGAUCCACCCUUUCCAGCAGGAGGACUUCCUCAAGACCCUGGAGCAUGCUGGGCCUCAGCUAACUUGCGUGCUGAAGGGGGACUGGGUGGGUCUGUACAGGCGCUUCAUCCGAUCCCUGAACUUUGAUGGCUGGUGCCGCCAGAGGCACCUGGAGAUGAUGCACAAGCUGGAGGCCCUGCACUUGGAAGCCAUCUCGGAGGUGAACAUCUGGGCCUGGAUGAAGGACACGUCUGAGGUCAAGGUGGUGGACCUGGUCCUGAAGCUCCAGGAGAAGCUGGUGCGCGCCAGGUGCCAUCGCCUCCCCGUGAAGGAGGAGAUUCUGCAUCGGGUGGGCCUCUACAUUGCCACCAUCGUUGGGUCGGUCCCCGAGGACCUCCAGGCCGUCCUGGGGCCCCAGUAGAGGCCGUCUGAGCCAGAGGAACCCGGCUGCGGGGAGGCAGCUGCCCCCCAUCUUGGCAGGCUGGGCCUGGAGUGGGGUGCCCCAUGGGCUCUUGGAGGGGGCUGCCCUUCCUCCCCACAGAAGCUCUUUUGCCUGCAGGACCCUCUUCUUUGCCCGAGGAUGGUCUCCUGCCAGUUGCUGCGCCCACAUCUCCCCUGUGUCGGAGAAGGGAGAAACGUUUCCUGCAAGGCAGACGGUGGCCCCGACGGGAGCAGGCCCCUCUCCUUCAUGGCCCUGCGUGAGGGCAAGUGGCAGCCCCUCCACCCUGCCCCCCAACCUCUGGAUGUGCCUGCUGUGCAGUGGCAGUAAAUCAAUAAGUGUUGGUUGUCAGGAGCCUUUGCUGCUGAGCUUUGCCUCAGCCAUCUUUAUUUAUUGCCU